CUUAAUUUAUUCGUGUAAAAGAUGCUGGAAGUGUAGCUUGAAAAAAAUGAAAGAAAGAAAGAAAAAGCUGACAAAUGUUUUUUUCUUUCUUUUUUUUAGGGAGUCGUUAACAAUAAACCAGAACUGUCAAGGUGUCUUUUCACCUUGCUGAAGGACAGCUGUAUUUACUGACGUAUGCAAAUGAGUGUCAGGGGAGGUCCUUAUGCGAGAAAAGGCACAGAAUCAGUUUCACAUUGCAGCUCUGAAGUUCCUGCGUGGAAGAAAAAACGAGACGUGGCGAAAUCUAGUGAUUAUCUACUGCCAUAUUCUUCGUGGGGAUUUAAGAGUCAUUUUGUUCUCCCUGGAAGGAAGGAAGUGUUUGUGUUUUAUUUUUUGAGGGCGAUCCAGUUUAAUGUUUUAUUCCCUUUCGGUUGCCGUAGGAGUUCUCUCUAUGAUCUCCCUAGAAAUAGAAAUCUUAAUUUUGACUCAAAGUGUUUGUUUCCCCCCGUCGCAGCUCAGCAAACCAUGCAGGAUGAUCUACUGAUGGACAAAAACAAAGCCCAGCCUCAUCAGCAGCAGCAAGACCCGACACAAGUAGACCCUCCUCCCUCCACGCCGACCCCGUCAUCGGAACCCACUUCAUCUUCAUCCGAGUCGGAGAGCCCGUCGACCGGCAGCAGCCAAGCGGCUUCCGCGCUGAGCAACAGCGGCAGUGGCGGCGGCAAGGACCGAGUCCCGAUGGAGUCGCCGAUCCUGCCCGGGCUGGGCUUCCACCAGCACCCGCUUCAGGAGCCCGGCGGACCCCUUGGUUCCCCUCCGUCGUCGUUCGGGAGCACUUGGUCCACGGGGACCACGAACGCCGUGGAGGACAGCUUUUUCCAGAGAGUACCGUCGGUGAAUGGGACGAUGCUUUUCCAGAACUUCCCGCACGUCAACCCGGUGUUUGGGGGGAAUUUCUCCCCGCAAAUCGGGCUUUCUCAGCAGCAGCAGCAGCAGCAGCGGAGAUCCCCGGUCAGUCCCAGCCAAGGCCCCUUUCCCCAGAGAAACGCUUACCAGACCAUCAUGAACAACAGCAAGGGGACCUCGUCGUCUUCCCCGGCUUCCUCCUCCGCCUGGAAUAACCACCAGAACGCCGGGUGGAGCACCGCGUCCAACCCGUGGAGCGGGCUGCAGCCGGGCAGAGACCCGCGCCGAGCCGUGGGCGUCGGGGUCGGGGUUGGGGUCGGAGUGCCGUCUCCGCUCAACCCCAUCUCCCCGAUGAAGAAGCCUUACACCAGCAAUGUCAUAGCGCCCCCCAAAUUCCCGAGACCCGGCGGUCCUCUGGCUCAAAAGCCCUGGAUGGAGGACAGCGCGUUCAGGGCCGACAACAGCAACAACAUACUGCCUUUCCAGGACCGGAAUCGGCCCUUUGAUCCUUUUAACUUGAACUCUUUGGAGAAUCCCUUAAUGGAUAUGAUAAAGACUGACCAUGACAAAGGUAAACCACACCCGGCCGGCUGUCCACCAGUGACUAUUGCCGAUAUUAUAUGGAGGAAUCAUUUUGCAGGGCGGAUUGGACUCAACUUUCACCAUCCUGGAGCAGAACACAUAUUGCCCCUGAAUACAGGCCGGAGCUAUGGCCGCCGACGAGGUCGUUCCUGUCUUUUCCCCUUUGAGGAUGGUUUCCUUGACGACGGCCACGGUGACCCCUCCCUGACCCCGGGCCUGAACUCGCCGACCCGCUGUCAGAACGGCGAGAGGAUGGAGCGCUACUCCAGGAAAGUGUUUGUCGGAGGUCUUCCUCCUGACAUAGAUGAAGAUGAAAUCACCAACAGUUUCCGCCGCUACGGGCACCUGGUGGUGGAUUGGCCCCACAAAGCUGAAAGCAAAUCCUACUUCCCACCUAAAGGUUACGCCUUCCUGCUUUUCCAGGAAGAGGCUUCAGUCCAGGCGUUGAUCGACGCCUGCAUUGAGGAGGACGGGAAGCUCUACCUGUGUGUGUCCAGUCCCACCAUCAAGGACAAACCAGUCCAGAUCCGUCCCUGGAACCUGGGCGACAGCGACUUCGUCAUGGACGGCUCCCAGCCUCUGGAUCCCCGCAAAACCAUCUUCGUUGGGGGAGUUCCCCGGCCCCUGCGUGCAGUGGAGCUAGCGAUGAUCAUGGACCGGCUGUACGGAGGCGUUUGCUACGCCGGCAUCGACACGGACCCGGAGCUGAAAUAUCCGAAGGGAGCCGGGCGCGUGGCGUUCUCCAACCAGCAGAGCUACAUCGCCGCCAUCAGCGCCCGCUUUGUCCAGCUGCAGCACAACGACAUCGACAAAAGGGUGGAGGUGAAGCCGUAUGUUCUGGACGACCAGAUGUGCGACGAGUGCCAGGGCGCGCGCUGUGGCGGCAAGUUCGCCCCGUUUUUCUGUGCCAACGUCACCUGCCUGCAGUACUACUGCGAGUUCUGCUGGGCCAGCAUCCACUCCCGGGCCGGCCGUGAGUUCCACAAGCCGCUGGUGAAGGAGGGCGGCGACCGCCCUCGACACGUCUCCUUCCGCUGGAGCUGAGGGCGGCGGGCCAGCGGGGUCAGCAGGGAUCACGGAUCUGCACUAUCCUCAACCCAGAUGAAGAAGGACAAAUGAAAACAGCUCCCGCCGGCUCCACCCGACGUGGGAAAAAAAGCGAAACGGAUCAGAUUCUCGGUUCUGAACUCGUUGUCAAAGCUUUGUGGGGGGG